AUCCUCCGACUCCUCUCCCUCCAGCUCCUUGACACUGCCUCGCAGCUUGUCCAGAGACCCUUGAUCACUGGCAGAGCCUGGGUAUGUACAACAGAAGAAGAGCAUGUAAGUGUUGAGGAGUUCCACCAGUAGCUGGACCUGGACUGAGGUGUCCAUACACUGCGGAGCUAUGCGACCAGCCUUCUUGAGACACUCCAACACUCUCUUCGGGUCCUUACACUGCAC